UUACGGCAAUGGCCAUAGGCUGGCAGUGCAGGGCUGCACCCGGACUCUGCCCCGGCCCAGCCGGGGCGGGCCGCUACCCGCCCAGCCCAGCUCGGCCCAGCGGAGCGGAGCCCCGGCGGCGGAAUGGUGGAGGCCUGGUACAUGGACGAGUCCCCGGAGGACCAACGGGCGCCCCACCGGCUGCGGCCCAACCGCGCCGUUAGCCUGGAGGAGCUGCGCCGCCUCGGCGUGGUCUACCGCAAAUUGGAUGCUGAUAGCUAUGAGACUGAUCCAUGUCUGAAAGAGAUCCGGAGAGCAGAAAACUAUUCUUGGAUGGAUAUAAUAACCAUACACAAAGACAAGCUUCCAAACUAUGAGGAAAAGAUAAAAAUAUUUUAUGAAGAGCAUUUACACCUAGACGAUGAAAUUCGCUACAUCUUAGAUGGAUCUGGCUACUUUGAUGUUCGAGACAAGGAUGACAAAUGGAUCCGGAUUUCCAUGGAGAAAGGAGACAUGAUAACCCUCCCUGCUGGCAUAUAUCACCGAUUUACACUGGAUGAGAACAACUACAUCAAAGCGAUGAGGCUGUUCGUUGGAGAACCUGUCUGGACACCAUACAACAGGCCAGCUGAUGAUUUACCUGCUCGGAAACAGUAUAUGAAGUUUUUGGCUGAAGAAGCACAGUAACAGUGUCUGAGACGUGACAGGUGGAACAGCUUGAAGCCCUGUCAGAAUAAAUGUGGCUGGUGGCUCUUCA